AGUUAAUUGAUAUUGAUAACGUUUAGCGAUAACUAAACGUUUUCAAAGUCGAUUAUUUAUUUUUGUGUCAUAAAACUCAUAAAUAUUUUGUUUUAACAAUUUAGAUAAAGUAAAAUAGCGUUGUCUUUAAUGCGAGGCGGAUCUUGAAGGACUAUGAUGGCGGGUACUAAACUAGAUGUGAUUUGGUCCCCUGUACACUUCGAUAAAUUCAUAAUAUGGGGUCCAGACAUAACCUUAUACGAAGUUGCUCGUUUAAAAGAUAUCGAGAAAAAAACUGCCUAUACCCAAAUAUCGUCAACUCGUGGUGCGACAGUGCUCGCAUCGCAGAGCGCGAGCGGCGUGCGGUGCGUCGACAUCAGCGCUAUAGCGGAGCAGCCAGACCCCCUGCUGGCCCUCGGACACUCGAACGGCAGAGUCUCUCUCACGAGCCUGAAGCAGACCUAUGAUCCUUUAGGACUGGUGGGCAGAGAAUUUGUUCCCAGGUACCCUAGGCUGUGCAAUUCAGUAUCAUGGAGCCACGUCGAGACAAACCUGUUGAGCGUGGCUCUGGAGAAGCACCGCAGCGAUCACUGCAUCCUUGUGUGGGACAUCAACCGGGGCCUGCUGCCCGACGAAUCAACGAUGGAAGUAGCCUCUCCAUCCACAUCUUCAGAGCCCGCCAGGCCUAUUGCAGAGAUGGGCCUGUCGGAGACGUGUCACAAUGUUUCUUGGACCAAUUCGCCUGACAGAACUCUGCUAGCUUCCAUGAACAUGAAAUACAUCAAAAUAUUUGAUCUUAGAGACUUAUCAAACAAGGCAGUAAUGGUGACGACGACCCGGCAUUGCUACGGCGCGUGCGCGGACCCGUUCAGCGCGUGGCAGCUCGCGUCCCGCGGCGACGGCUGCGUGUGCGUGUGGGACGCCCGGGCCCUCGACCGCCCGCUGCUCACGCUCGCCGUGCCGUCCGCCACCAAGAUACAGUGGUGUCCCACAAGACGAAACCUGCUAAUGUCCCUCCAGCGAGACUCGACCACGCUUCGACUCCACGACAUACAGCAAGCCAACAACGACUACAAAAACGGACAGACCACUGACCUGCAAGCCCCAGCCAUGGCAGUGGAGGCAGAGUUAGAAGAGUACAGCCGAGGAGUGUCGGUGAUAGAGCGAGACGUAACACCCGGCUGCGGAACACUGGCCAGUUUUAGUUGGCAUCCCGCUCACGCCGUCCGAACUCUAUGCGUAGCUCCAGGCACAAUAACGGACUACACGGUAUGCGAGCGCGUCACGUGCUCGUGGGGCUCCGGGCUGGCGUGGUCGGCGGGCGGCGGAGCCCUAAAGCUCAUGAAGGACGACUUCUACGAGGCUAUAGACGACAUCUCCUUCAAGAUGAGGAAGCGAGCGCUGACCGACUAUGGACUCAAGCCAGACAUGUGGCAGAACGCAGACUUGGCCGAUGACGAGGCUCUGGGCGGACUGUGGCACUUCCUGGCUCUUAGCAAAUCUCUCGUAGAGGACGGUUGCAUACGAAACAGUCCGUGGCGACACCCAGGAGUAUGCACGGUGCUCCGAGCGCCCGGCGACGGGGGCUACCGCUCCGAGUUGGUGCCUUCACUUCUACCCGACCUGCCCAGCCGCCGCGUUACAUUAUAUCGGAGUGCGGAGCGAACUCGCGCCCUACAACUGUGCGGCUGGGGCUGGGGCUGGGAGAACGCGGGCGCCGGCGUGGAGCGCGCCGAGGCCGAGGGCACGCCGUGCCGCGCCGCCGCGCUCGCCGCCUUCCAUCUGCGCCUGCGCGCCGCGCUCGACGUCCUGGCCCGCGCGGCCGCCCCGCAGCUUCGCGUAGUCGCACUAGCCCUGGCCGGGCUGAGCGAGGAGCGGCUGUGGCGCGAGUCGCUGUCCGCCGCCGCGCCCGCGCUGCCGGACGCGUACCUGCGCGCGCUGCUGCACUUCCUGGCCGCCUCCUCCUCCGCGCAGCAGCACGCCGCGCCGCCAGACCUGUCCGCCGUGCUGAACGAAACAGAAAUGCGUCUAGAAGACCGCGUGGCGUUCGCCUGCAUGUACCUGUCCGACGCGCGGCUCCACGAGUACAUACAGCAGAGCGCCGAGACACUGGUACAGAGAGGCGAUCUCGCCGGCAUCCUGCUUACUGGCAUGGGAUCCUCCGGCGUGACGCUGCUGCAGCACUGGCUCGAGAACACAGGAGACGUACAGUCGGCCGCGUUACUAGCAGCUCGCUGCCUGCCCGCAGACCUCAUACCCACGGCUUGGCUCGACAGUUACCGCUGCAUCCUGGAUAGUUGGCAGCUGUGGUGGGCGCGCUGCGCGCUCGAUACGUGGGUGUCGCAGAACGAUUCCAACGCAGAAGGCGUUCCUAGACAGGUGUCGGUGGCGUGUACGUACUGCGGCAAGUCGGUGGCGGCGCCGGCCGGGCAGAACCGCCCGCGGCCCGCCUUCGCGAGGCUACCUCCACCGGCUGCUAAAAUGAAGCAAAUCUCGUCGUGCCCGAACUGCCGCAAGCCGCUGCCGCGCUGCGGCGUGUGCCUGCUGCACCUGGGCACGGGCGCGGCGACGGCGGCGGCGACGGCGGGCGCGGCGGGCGCGAGCUUCGCGGGCUGGUUCUCGUGGUGCGUGGCCUGCCGGCACGGCGGACACGCGCACCACAUGGCCGGCUGGUUCAAGGAGCACUCGGAGUGUCCGGUCAGCUCGUGUGCGUGCCGCUGCAGCUCGCUCGACGCGCCCGACCGACACUAGCGCCUCAGUUUUACAAACUAAUUGUUUUGUUUUCCGUUAUUUUAUGAUAAUGGUGAAGACUGCUAACGGCGAUUUCUA